AUGGCCGCGUUGAUGCGGGGCAAGGACUCGUCCCGCUGUCUGCUCCUACUGGCCGCGGUGCUGAUGGUGGAGAGCUCACAGCUCGACAGCUCGCGGGCCAAACUCAACUCCAUCAAGUCCUCCCUGGGCGGGGAGACGCCUGCCCAGGCCGCCAAUCGAUCAGCGGGCACAUACCAAGGACUGGCUUUCGGCGGCAGUAAGAAAGGCAAAAACCUGGGGCAGGCCUACCCUUGUAGCAGUGAUAAGGAAUGUGAAAUUGGGAGAUAUUGCCACAGUCCCCACCAGGGAUCCUCGGCCUGCAUGGUGUGUCGAAGGAAAAAGAAGCGCUGCCACAGAGAUGGCAUGUGUUGUCCCGGUACCCGCUGCAAUAAUGGCAUCUGCAUCCCUGUCACUGAGAGCAUCUUAACCCCUCACAUCCCAGCUCUGGAUGGCACUCGACACAGAGAUCGAAACCAUGGUCAUUACUCAAACCAUGACUUGGGAUGGCAGAAUCUAGGAAGACCACACACUAAGAUGUCACAUAUAAAAGGGCAUGAAGGAGACCCCUGCCUACGAUCAUCAGACUGCAUCGAAGGGUUUUGCUGCGCUCGCCACUUCUGGACCAAAAUCUGCAAACCAGUGCUCCAUCAGGGGGAAGUCUGUACCAAACAGCGCAAGAAGGGCUCUCAUGGGCUGGAAAUUUUCCAGCGGUGUGACUGCGCAAAGGGCCUAUCGUGUAAAGUAUGGAAAGAUGCCACCUAUUCCUCCAAAGCCAGACUCCACGUGUGUCAGAAAAUAUGAUCACCUCUGAGGAAAAUCAUCACUAGCAGACUGUGAAUCUGUGUAUUUAAUGCAUUAUAGCAUGGUGGAAAAUAGGAUUUGGAUCUCAGAAGAAUGGCUAACAUAAGGAAUGUGAUAUGAAUAUAGAGAUCACAGAGAGAGAAAAA